AUGUACUGUUUUGGAAAAUUCGGGGAAGUCAAGCGAUGUCGAGAACGCGAAACUGGCCUUGAGUUUGCUAUUAAAUUAGUACCAAUAAACAGUGCCGAGGACAAACAAAUAGUGAUGAAUGAGAUUCGGAUAAUGAACAGGCUUUAUCAUCCCCGAUUGAUUCAACUUCAUGAUGCCUUCCAGACGCCCCAACAGAUCGCUAUGGUAGUAGAGCUGUGA